GGAAUAAAUGAAGACGCAAAGCCGGAGGCCUCUCAACCACCUGAGCUGCAGUGUGGCCGGCGCCUUAAGGUGGCUGGUGAUCACUUCCGGUCUGUAGUGCGGAGCGCCGUUCCAGUCGGUUUGUCUCGGGGUCAGGCGGAAGGUAACUUCCCCUUCCUGGAAAGGGACCGGCCUCCUAUUUUCACUUAGUUUCCACGUAGCCACGCCCCUUUCAGGUUGACCGCGCCGCUUGAUUAGAUCACAUACCGUCAACGCGGAAAGUAUCGCGAGUUCUCCAUUUGCGCUCCCUUCGGACAUGGUCAGCCGUGAGAGUUGCUCUUGUUCUCGCGAGAUCUUCGUGUGCGCCGGGCUCGGGCGACCCGGGCUUCUGUGAAACAUGGCGGUCGGCUGGGACCGUACCACUAGUAUGACUAUAUGAAGGAGAAGGAAGGUUUUUCUGAAGAUGAGGCGUCUGAAUCGGAGAAAAACCUUAAGUUUGGUGAAAGAGUUAGAUGCCUUUCCCAAGGUUCCUGACAGCUAUGUGGAGACGUCAGCCAGUGGGGGAACAGUUUCUCUAAUAGCAUUUACCACUAUGGCUUUAUUAACAAUAAUGGAAUUCUCAGUCUAUCAAGAUACAUGGAUGAAGUACGAAUAUGAAGUAGACAAGGAUUUUUCUAGCAAGUUGCGAAUCAACAUAGACAUUACUGUUGCCAUGAAGUGUCACUAUGUUGGAGCAGAUGUACUGGAUUUAGCAGAGACCAUGGUUGCUUCUGCAGAUGGUCUGGCUUAUGAACCAGCACUGUUUGACCUUUCACCCCAGCAGAGAGAGUGGCAGAGGAUGCUGCAGCUGAUUCAGAGUAGGCUGCAGGAAGAGCAUUCCCUUCAAGACGUGAUAUUCAAGAGUGCUUUUAAAAGUGCAUCAACUGCACUGCCACCAAGGGAAGAUGAUUCAUCACUGACUCCAGAUGCGUGCAGAAUCCAUGGUCAUCUCUAUGUCAAUAAAGUAGCAGGGAAUUUUCACAUAACUGUGGGCAAGGCAAUCCCACAUCCUCGAGGGCAUGCACAUUUGGCAGCACUUGUCAACCAUGAUUCUUACAACUUUUCUCACAGAAUAGAUCAUUUGUCUUUUGGAGAGCUUGUUCCGGGAAUUAUUAAUCCUUUGGAUGGAACUGAAAAGAUUGCUGUAGAUCACAACCAGAUGUUCCAAUAUUUCAUUACAGUUGUGCCAACAAAGCUACACACAUACAAGAUCUCAGCAGAUACCCAUCAGUUCUCUGUGACAGAAAGGGAACGCAUCAUCAACCAUGCUGCAGGCAGCCACGGCGUCUCUGGAAUAUUUAUGAAAUAUGAUCUCAGUUCUCUCAUGGUGACAGUCACUGAGGAACACAUGCCUUUCUGGCAGUUUUUUGUAAGACUCUGUGGUAUAAUUGGAGGAAUCUUUUCAACAACAGGCAUGUUACAUGGAAUUGGAAAAUUUAUAGUGGAAAUAAUUUGCUGUCGUUUCAGACUUGGAUCCUACAAGCCUGUCCGUUCUGUCCCCUUUGCGGAUGGCCACACAGACAACCACUUACCUCUUUUAGAGAACAACACACAUUAGUACCUUGUGGGUGGAGAAAAACUUUUUGCCUGAGACAUAAAGCCUUUUCUAAUAAUAACAUGUUGUGCAAUAUAUUCAAAGAAAAAGAAAAUAUGAGAACCCGGAAACAUAUUUAAAAAAGAAAAAAACAGCCAAGGAAAACAACAAACUGCAGUCGUCUUGUAUAUGUUGUGUCUGUUACAAAUGUCAUAGAAGAAAUUAUGCAGCUAACUGGAGAGUCAGCCCAGCCAACAGUGCCAGGUGAAGACAGCACCUCUGAUGCCUCCCAGCAAACAGACAAUAUGGAAAGCAGAUCCUAGAGGAUGGACGUCAACCCGAGUUUAAAGAAAAGGGCAUUGAUAAAUGCAAAUGUGUGCGUCCUUUGUUUUUAAAGAUGUCAGAAUAAAAUGUGUAAAACAUAUGGAAAACUAGUCUAGACUUUAAAAAAACUGUAAUCAGCUCACAUGGUUAAUAAAGGAAACAGGGACUGGCCCUGUGUUACAGCCAUAUUAAUAUUAAGCCAUAUUGACAAGAUGGUGUUGUCCAGUUUGGGGUUCUGAUGAAGGUCACUGCAUUCCUUUGAACUCCAGUUGCUGACUUUCCUGACUGUUGAAGGUUGAGCCUUAGAAAACUAAGGUGAAGUUUCCUAAGGCCCAGGUAUAUACUUGCUAUGAUGUGUAACAGGUGUCACUCACAGCUUGAACAAGGGACACUGCAGGGAGAAGAAAGCAUAAAUGUUUAAAAAGAUAAACAGUUUGUAAGAUGUGAAGGGUAAAGUUGAGUGUUGUAUGCUUAUGAGUAGUGGAAAACUGGACAUCUGAGACAGGCAAGGCAGUGUCCAUACAAGACUGAAGUCUGAAGCAGCCUAGACACAGCUGUAACCCUGGACAGGUGCUGCCCUCAGGCUCUGCACAGAACUGAUGAGGCUACGGUAACUUGAAGGAGCCCUGUCAGGUACUGCUAGGAACUGCUGAGUAUGUGUGCCAGCCUCAUUUCAUUCUGUCUUUUUGAAAGAUAAAGGUUAAGUCAUUGAGUGAGAAGACUGAGUUUCAGUCCCUACCAGACACAGGACAGUGGUGGCUUCGAGUGUGGCCUGUCACAAUCAGUGUUUCAAGUGAAUGUUUUUAAGGAUAAAAAAAAAUGCUUGAAAGAAGGUAGGCCAUCAGGGAAGGAGGAGACGGCAACAAAUCAGCAGCAAAGUGUAUGAAAAAUGGCAUUUUAUAGAAAAUAGGACAUUUUGGUUAAAGUGCGAGAGGUUAAGAGUCAAGGAGUUAAAUGACUUAAUACUAUUAUAAUGUUUUAAAAUUUUUUUUAAAAGAAUCCAGGAAAUUUCAAAUAAUGAGUCUUUUCUGAGGUUUUUGUUCUAUUUUGUUUUGGUUUUCCCCUUAAAUUUUAUAGUUUGUCUAGAAACGGGACAGCUCUCCAGAAUUUUGUUAGCAAGAACUGGUCACUUGAGACUGAAUGUUGCUCUUCAUGUCUACUUACUAGGGAAUUCAGUCAGUUUUCAGGGAAGAAAAUAGUAAUUUAGAGUUAUUUUCAGUAUUACAAUGUUUUUAAAAAGAUUUAAGGUUAUUUUAAAUUAUUUCAAUGUUUUCUAAAUGCCACGUUAAAAUUUUAUUGAUGUAUCUUUUCCAUUAAAAUUGACUCUUCGGGAAUUUGUUUAAAGCAAACUUUUCUUUGCCGUUGAUAGCCAUUUUAAAAGUUAAGGCUUUGAUUUUCAAAUAGUCAGGAACACAUUUUUUGUCAGUAAAAGAAUGAAAAUGUUAACCAUCUGUUUGGGUGAUGAAGGCAACGUGUGUCCUCACUAGGGUUUCCUUUCCAGGUCAGAAAUUUCUCACUGACCUGCCAGCUACACAGCGUUCCUUAUGCUUGUGGGCCCCUGGAGACACCAUACCCAAGUGUCUGUCCAGUCCAGUCUUUUAAAAUUGUGCGUGCGUGUGUGUGUGUGUGUGCGCGCGCGCGCGCGCGCGUGCGCGUGCCCGUGUGUUCCAAUCCUAAUACUUUAAGUCUGACACCUUUACUUGAAAUGUUUUUAUACUAUGUAUUUGUAUAUCUUGGCCUAUAAAGAUGAGUAAUAGGUGAAUAAAUUACUGUCAGGUGUUCAAACACUUAACUGUCUACCUCCUGAGAUAGCCUGUUCAAUCUACCUUGUGCAAUAGCCUGGCUCAAUAUUAGAACUGCAGAUCCACUUGUUCUCAACUUAGAUGAAUAAUGGACACGUUUCUCAUAAUUUCUUAUUAGAUACACAGAAAAGCUGUCUAUUUCAUUAUCAGAAUUUGUCAUUUGAAACACAAUUUACAGUCUUAACUUUCAAAUGCAUGUGAGACUAAGAUGUAUUGUGAUUCAAAUGCUAAGAAGUAAAUUUACUUGUAAUUUCUUU